AGGGGGCCAUGGGGCGGCCGGGGGAGCCCGGGCCGGGCGGCGGCGCGCGGGGGACCCCCGUGCCCACCUACGGCUGGGCCGAGAUCCGGAAGCACUGCCUGCCCACCGACAAGUGGCUGGUGAUGGAGCGGAAGGUGUAUGACAUCAGCCGCUGGGCCGAGCGGCACCCGGGGGGCAGCCGCCUCAUCAGCCACCACGCGGGAGAGGAUGCUACGGAAGCUUUCCACGCCUUCCAUCAGGACCUGGGUUUUGUGAGGAAGUUUCUGAAGCCCCUGCUGAUUGGGGAGCUGGCCCCUGGGGAGCCCAGCCAGGACAGACAGCAAAAUGAGCAGCUGAUCGAGGAUUUCCGAGCCCUGCGCCGGACCAUAGAGGACAUGAAGCUGUUUGAGGCCGACACCAAGUUCUUCUCCCUGAUCCUGGGCCACAUCUUGCUCAUGGAGGGCCUUGCCUGGCUGGUGAUCUACCUGCUGGGCACCGGCUGGGGCCCCACCCUCCUCGCUGCCGUGGUCCUGGCCAUCUCCCAGGCCCAGAGCUGGUGUCUGCAGCACGACCUCGGCCACGUCUCUGUCUUCAAGAAGUCCAGGUGGAACCACGUGGGCCAGCAAUUUGUGAUGGGACAGCUGAAGGGUUUCUCAGCCCACUGGUGGAACUUCCGUCACUUCCAGCACCACGCCAAGCCCAACGUCUUCUACAAGGACCCGGACGUGACCCUGGCCCCUGUUUUUCUGCUGGGAGAGUCGUCAGUGGAGUACGGCAAGAAGAAGCGGCGGUACCUCCCCUAUAACCACCAACACCAGUAUUUCUUCCUAAUUGGGCCGCCCCUCCUCACGCUGGUGAAUUUUGAGGUGGAAAACCUGGCUUAUAUGCUGGUGUGCAUGAAGUGGGCGGAUCUGCUCUGGGCCCUGAGUUUUUACGUCCGAUUCUUCCUGUGCUAUGUCCCCUUCUACGGCACCCUGGGAACGCUGCUCUUCUUCAUCUUGGUCAGGGUCCUGGAGAGUCACUGGUUCGUGUGGAUCACGCAGAUGAAUCACCUCCCCAGGGACAGGGGAGGAAAACCGGAUUGGGUUAAGGGACAGCGGGGUCUCUCCCCUCCGCGCUGUCCCGGGCGGCUGCCUGUGAAUGUGGGCCCACCGGGCCGCCGGUUUCCCCCGGGCCCCGCCCCGCCCGGGGCCGCGGCCCCACUUUCAGAUCAGGGGGCGGCUGAAAGCCCGGGAACGGCAGCCUCGCUCUUCGUGGAUUGGUUCAGCGGCCACCUCAACUUCCAGAUUGAGCAUCACCUCUUUCCCACGAUGCUGACAUACACAAGAUCGCUUCUGGUGAAGUCCCUUCGCCCAGCCGGGCUCAGCCGAGGUCGCCCCGCGCGGCGCUGA